CCAGAGGAUUUCAACACUAUGGAAACUCAUUUCCCACAGAGGUAGAACAAUAUGUAAAUAUAAAUCACUUCGAAGAAGCCAUUUAGAAAACUUCACAUGUAAUGACAAUUGCCUUGAAACCGCUCAUAUGUUUUGGGCCAUAUCUUUGACAUUCAUUCAUUCUUUAAUUUAUAGAUGGAUUAUUAAUCCAUUUAUUGAUUCAUUCAUUGAUUUAUUUAUAGAGCUACAAGUAUGAGUCGUUAAAACUUUUUUUUUGAGCACCUACUAUAUGCCAGGGACUGUGUUAUAUGGCCUAAUUCCUGUCAUCGAAGAGCUCGCCGUCUAGAAGAGGAGAGAGAUACAUUAAGAGAAAAUCAUGAUACCAUGGCAGUAGCAGAAUCCCAUGGUAGCUAGGUGGGUGAAGGGGAGCGAGGACGUCCCACCUGCCUUGAAGAAGACGCCUUCUGACCCGCUGAGUGAGUUACCAGGGGUUCCCAAGAGCCUGACAAUGGAUGCCAUUCACAUUAGCAUGUCCAGUGCUCCUCUGGUGAAGCACAGUGUGGGAGCUGGACACAAGACCCACCGGCCCCGAGUCAUGUCCAAGAGUGGACACAGCAACGUGAGGAUCGACAAAGUGGACGGCAUAUACUUACUCUACCUUCAAGACUUGUGGACUACUGUUAUUGACAUGAAGUGGAGAUACAAGCUCACCCUGUUUGCUGCCACCUUCGUGAUGACCUGGUUCCUUUUUGGAGUAAUCUACUACGCCAUUGCGUUUAUUCAUGGGGACUUAGAACCCAGUGAGCGUAUUUCAAAUCACAACCCCUGCAUCAUGAAAGUGGACUCUCUCACAGGUGCCUUUCUCUUUUCCCUAGAAUCCCAGACAACCAUUGGCUAUGGAGUCCGUUCCAUCACAGAGGAAUGUCCUCAUGCCAUUUUCCUGUUGGUUGCUCAGUUGGUCAUCACGACCUUGAUUGAGAUCUUCAUCACGGGCACCUUCCUGGCAAAAAUCGCCAGACCCAAAAAGCGAGCAGAGACCAUCAAGUUCAGCCACUGUGCUGUCAUCACCAAGCAGAACGGGAAGCUGUGCUUGGUCAUCCAAGUGGCCAACAUGAGGAAGAGUCUCCUGAUUCAGUGCCAGCUCUCCGGCAAGCUCCUCCAGACCCAUGUCACCAAGGAGGGGGAGCGGAUCCUCCUCAACCAAGCCACCGUCAAAUUCCACGUGGACUCUUCUUCCGAGAGCCCCUUCCUCAUCUUGCCCAUGACAUUCUACCAUGUGCUGGAUGAGACAAGCCCCCUGAGAGACCUCACACGGCAAAACCUGAAGGAGAAGGAGUUUGAACUUGUGGUCCUCCUCAACGCCACAGUGGAAUCCACCAGCGCUGUCUGCCAGAGCCGCACAUCUUAUAUCCCAGAGGAGAUCUACUGGGGUUUUGAGUUUGUGCCUGUGGUUUCUCUCUCCAAAAACGGAAAGUAUGUGGCUGAUUUCAGUCAGUUUGAGCAGAUCCGGAAGAGCUCAGACUGUACCUUUUACUGUGCGGAUUCUGAGAAGCAGAAACUUGAGGAGAAGUACAGGCAGGAGGAUCAGAGGGAAAGAGAACUGAGAACCCUUUUGUUACAACAGAGCAACGUCUGAUGGUCGUGGUGUUGCCUCGGUUUAACUCUGCCAGCUGUUUCCACAUCUGAGCUCGUUCCAAACGCAAAGGUCACUGUGAAAGUGAAAAUGUGUAGACACACCCUAAAAAACCUCACAGACUACAAAAUUGAUCUUUUCCUUUGUUCUGGUGGCUAAAUACGCAUUUCCAUGUUCGAGAGGGUUCCUUUUAAAUGCUUUGUCUGAAGCGAACUCUCAAAAUUCAAAUUUUCUAAAAUGGGGCUACAUUUCAAAAAACUUGGUGUAGAGCAAUUGAAAAAAAUGUCCUGCUGGAUGGACAGACGUUUAGCAAUGCUGAUAUUGAAGGGAAAUGCAUUUCUAUACAAGGAUAUCAGAUUUAUUCAAUCCAAGUAUCAAAGAUAUUGUGGUCAAGAGUUGAAAUGUGAUUCGGUAUUCAUUAAUAUCAUCGCUCUAAAACACACUCUUUUUUCCAUCAUAGAAAAUGUUAUAUAUAAUGGCUGCUACCUGGUGAUACCUCAACAGGGGCAGGAGGACUCUGUACUCACAAAAUGCAAUGAUUCCAUUUUCACCUCUCUUUCGUGGAUUUAAUUGUACGGAAUGAAAUUGAUCAUAUCAGGAAUUAACAGUUGUGAAAACAGAUACAAAUGCAGCUGAUGCCAUUGUCACACUAAUUUUUUUGUUGGAAUGUACUAGCCCAUGUCUAUUCGAAAUGUGGUCUGCAGACCAGCAGCAUCAGUACCAUCUCGAAGUUUUUGCAACGUAAACUCUCCAGCGCCACCCGGACUUGGAGAAUCAGAGUCUGUCUCUUAACAAGACCACCAAGCGGUUUGUGUACCCGUGAAAGUUUGAAAAGCUCCACUCCAGACAAUGUUUGCAAAGCAACUUUCUGAAGCCAUGGGGCUCUCUGGGUCCCAUGUCCAUGUGGCCUCCAGAUCUGUCCUUCUCUCUUCAGUUCAUUAUCAUGGACCAAUAGUCCUUUCAGCCAUCUCAUUCCUUGUCUGUUAAAAUACCUUUGUCCACAAAGGAAGUGCCACUGACAUUCCAAGAGCAAAAUAAAAUUCUUGAGAGUAAUGGUUGUCUUACUCAUGCUAAGAACAUGCUCGCUGAUUAGAAUUCGCGCAAAAGGAAAAUUAAGCUGCGUAACAAUCCAGGAAAUAUGCUCGGAUGUUGAAGUCUGUAAUGUUGGAUGGGGCCAUGAGGAAGAAGAGGAGCUGUGGAUGAAGAGUUCAUAUACAGAUGACUCCUUGAUAACAUGUAAAGAAUGCCCUCAGUAUUUAAAUAAAUCUCACACAACUCAGUGUUACAGAGGUAACAUUUUGCUUCUGGAAGAAUUUAGGAGCCUGGUAUCCUGCAUUUCUUUGGGGACAGAGAAUAAAGGGGCUAGGAUUGGC